UCCCUCCUUUUCAAGACAUCAAAGAUGGCGUCGCUGCGCUGUUAAAAGGAACCGCUUGUCAGCGUGAGGCAAAUCCUCACCGGCGAGCGCUUAGCCGCCGCCUUCCUGUUUAAUUUUCAUCAAGUCUCAAAACUUAGAGGGAAGAAGGAAACGGGAAGACGGUCGAGAAGACGUAUAUUUAAAAGCGAGCCCGGCAGCGGCGUCCCAGCAAAACCCUCGAUGUCAGCCGUGACGGUGAGGCCCGGUCCGCGCCCGGAGGGGUUGCCAUGGCGACGGGAGUAAUCAAAAGCGGCGCCCUCGGGGAACGCACGGGGGAAUUGGCCGUUGGGUGGCUGCCGUUGAGUGGCUUCGUCCCUUCAGCACAUCAAGGGGGGAAGGAGGAGUUCGGGGCGCCCUUACUUUCUUUAAGGAGGUGUGUGGGGUGUCGGACCUCAGGGCCCCCCCACAGAUUAAGGGGAGGAGCAAAGAUUAGUUUAUUUUCUCUCGCUCUCGCUCUUUUUCUAGAUAUUUGAUUAUAUGGCUAUCUGUUGACUUUUAGAAGUAAGUGGAUGGGAUUUGUUUUAAAAAAAUGUUUCUCUUUCCUCGUGGUUUUAAUGUAUCUAAGUGGGCUUUAUUGUCUGUCUGGUUGUACAGUAAGUGGUUCAGGGUUGCCGUGGGCAAGAUCACUAUAAAUCGCCCUGUGCUCCUCCUUAAUUAAUUAAUUAAUUAAUCAAUAAGGAAAAACGGGUAACUAUGAUAAAUAAUGAAUAAAUAAUAAUAAUUUCUAUCCUGCACACUUUCAGCAUAAAUUUAUGUUUUAACAGGGUGAAUGGUAGAGCAGUUUCAGGGGGGUAGGGCCGGAGGAAGAAAAGGAAAAGAAAAUGAGCUCUGGCCUUUCCUCUUUAAACAGAAGCUCCAGUUGUGUGCACUUGUCACAUAUACCACGAGUGCUCAUUUGUUAAGGUUUUGUUUAAAAUGUACCUGGUUUUAAUUGUUUUAUCUGUAAAUUGCCUUGAGAUGGUGAUUUAUAAGGUGAUUAAUAAAUCAAUAAUAACAAUAAUAAUAAUAGUUACUACUGAGAAAAUAGACCUACUGAAAAUAAUGAGCAUAACUUAGAUCUGUUAUUUUCAGUGGGUGUCCUCAGUGUAGAACUUAGCUGAAUACAACCAAAUCCUUUAAAAUAAAGCACACUACAUGCUUCCGGGGUUGCAAACAGCAUACAAUCAUACCUUGGAAGUCGAAUGGAAUUUCGAAACGUUCGGAAACCAAAGUGUGGCUUCCGCGGCUGCGGAAUGCCCGGCGGAUGUUUGGGUUCCAAAGAAUGUUUGCAAACCUGAACACUCAUGGGUUUGCAGCAUUUGGGAGCCAAAAUGUCCAAGUACCAAGGUGUUCAGGAGUAAAGGUAUGACUGUAGUAAGAAAGAGAGAAGUGCAAUUUAAAAAUAAUGUUCAUUAUAAAAAAUAAUCCCAUUACAUGUCAGUGUUCUUUUUAAAAAAUAAUCAUAAUAAUUUCAUUGCAUAUAGUGCAAUUUAAAUAUGAUUAUCCUAUGCCACUGUUUCUAUGUUUUGCUUAAUAAAUAAAUAAUAAAUGAUGAAGAUGAUAACUAAUAAUAAUUUAUUAAUAAUAAAUUAUUAUUAUGAUCUUCAUUUUUCAAUAAUCCUUUAAAGUAGAGAUUUUUAUCCCAGUCUGUAUCUGUCUUGGAUUUGAAAUUGUUUUUACUGUUGAUUUAUUAUUGGUGUUUUUAUUGUUAUUUUCUUCAGGGUGUUUCAUUGGAAGCUAUUAAUAAAUGAAAUGUAAUAAUAAUGCACACUAAUGUAGCAAAUUAAAACAACUAAUUCAAGCAACAGCAGCCCUAUUUUCUACCCAUCCUUCUUGGUAAUCCAGAAAAGAUGAGGAGCCCCACCCACAGGGGAGAAUGAACUGAGUCAGGUUUACCUAAGUAUAGUAUUGCACAGUUAAGCAUCUACAAUGCAAUCUACAGUGCAUCUCUAUUCAGGAGUAAGAACCAUGGAGUGCAAGGCAUUUAUUGCCAAUAUGUGAGUAUAGGAUUGCAAGCCUUUCGUGACAGAUGUUUCAUUGGUGAACAGACAGUGUGCUAAGAGCUUGAGGCUGGUGUCUAGUUCCCAAUUUCUUAUGUAAAAAAAUUAAAUAGAGCAGCAUUAUUAAAAGAAGCAGUUCUUUUAAUAGUGAAUAAGCUGCCUCACUAAGGUACUUGUUCUGCACACCAAUAUAAUCACAGGGCUACCCUAUUUCAUGCAUCACCAUGGCUGUUGUUUUUGCACAAGGGACUUUAAUAUUUAAUAUUUCAUUCAUGCCACACAUGAAUGAAAAAUGGGGGAUUUCCCACCCCAAAAUACCGGUAAGUGAAAACAUGCACUACAAGAAGGAAACCGCCCUGUAUGAAGCACAAUAACAUCAUGUCCAGUCCAACACUGUUUUGAUACAAGAUGCUGUCAAACAUAGCACCCCUAUGCUAAUAAUACACAUAUAAAUGAAUAAAGAACUGGAGGUGUGCAGCCCCAAAUAAGCUUUGGGCCACUCCAAAUCCUACACACACUCUCCAAAAAAAGCUUCCUCUAGGAAAUGCUUUUGUAUCACAUCUGGCCCAAUGCUUCUUGAAGAAUGAUUGGGAUAAAGAUACAGUAUAAUAAAUAAUAUGCCCUUCUUUCAAGUGCCACAUUGUUGGGGGAGGCUGUUAAUGCUUCCCAGCUGCUUCAACCUCUCUGCUUUGAGCGUUUCAUGUCUUCAAUAUUUUGGAGACAAUCUCCUUCUAGGAGUGUGUGUGGGAUUGUGAUGUACAAUAUGGUGAUUGUUGUCCAGCGUCAUAUGCAGGAGUCUUUCGCCUUUCGCCUUCACCCAACCAGUUGCAUUUACCUGGAUUUUAUAUUUAAUGUUCUAAUUGUAUUUGUUGUAGUUUUAUUGUUGUGCGACAAUUGCCUGUCUGUACUUGUGCUAUGGCCAUACGGCUAAUGCAAUAAAUGAUUGAUUGAUUGAUUGAUUGAUAUGCAGGAGUCCCCAAACUAAGGCCCAGGGGCCGGAUGCGGCCCAAUCACCUUCUAAAUCCGGCCCGCGGACGGUCCGGGAAUCAGCAUGUUUUUACAUGGGUAGAAUGUGUCCCUUUAUUUAAAAUGCAUCUCUGGGUUAUUUGUGGGGCAUAGGAAUUCAUUCAUAUUUUCCCCAAAAAAUAUAGUCCGCCCCCCCACAAGGUCUGAGGGACAGUGGACCGGCCCCCUGCUGAAAAAGUUUUGGGACCCCUGGUCAUAUAGAUAUGAAAACAAAGUUCUGUCUGAAGUUACAUUGGCUUGUUUUAUAAGACAGCUUUUAGAAAAAUAAGCUACUGUGAGUGAUGUGUCUUUGAUGCUUUCAGUAAACAAGGAUAAAGAGCCGUUGGGAGAGAUCAUCAGGGGGUUUGGGCUGGGUGUUCAUCAGUAUGCGGAUGAUACCCAGCUCUACCUCUCUUUCAAAUCAGAACCAGUGAAGGCGGUGAAGGUCCUAUGUGAGUGUCUGGAGGCGGUUGGCAGUUGGAUGGCGGCUAACAGAUUGAGGUUGAAUCCUGACAAGACAGAAGUACUGUUUGUGGGGGACAGGAGGCGGGCAGGUAUGGGGGACUCCCUGGUCCUGAAUGGGGUAACUGUGCCCCUGAAGGACCAGGUGUGCAGCCUGGGAGUCAUUUUGGACUCACAGCUGUCCAUGGAGGCGCAGGUCAAUUCUGUGUCCAGGGCAGCUGUUUAUCAGCUCCAUCCGGCAGGCUGAGACCCUACCUGCCUGCAGACUGUCUCGCCAGAGUGGUGCAUGCUCUAGUUAUCUCUCGCUUGGACUACUGCAAUGCGCUCUAUGUGGGGCUACCUUUGAAGGUGACCCGGAAACUACAAUUAAUCCAGAAUGCGGCAGCUAGACUGGUGACUGGGAGCAGCCGCCGAGACCACAUAACACCGGUCUUUAAAGACCUGCAUUGGCUCCCAGUACGUUUCUGAGCACAAUUCAAAGUGUUGGUGCUAAUCUUUAAAGCCCUAAACGGCCUUGGUCCAGUAUACCUGAAGGAGCGUCUCCACCUCCAUCGCUCUGCCUGGACACUGAGGUCCAGUGCCGAGGGCCUUCUGGCAGUUUCCUUGCUGUGAGAAGGCAAGUUACAGGGAACCAGGCAGAGGGCCUUCUCGGUAGUGGCACCCGCCCUGUGGAACGCCCUCCCACUAGAUGUCAAAAAGAAAAAUAACUACCAGACUUUUAGAGGACAUCUGAAGGCAGCCCUGUUUAGGGAGGCCUUUAAUGUUUAAUCAACUAUUUUAUUUUAUUUUUGUCAACUGAGCUCUACUCAGCAGGGCUUUUUUUUCAACACAGUUCUUGCACCUCUCAGGUGAGCACCUUUGCCAUUCUAAGAGAACAAGGGAGGUUAAGUUCCAGCACCUCUUUUUCUAGAAAAAUAGCACUGCUACUCAAGAGUAAACCCAUUGAAAUUAAUGCAUCUACGUUAGUUGUGUCCAUUAUUUUCAAUAGUUCUACACUGAGUGGGAUUAGCAUUGGCUACAACCCAAAAAAAUUACUCUUUUUGCAUUUUCUUUUUCAUCUUAGCCUCACAAUGUUAGUUUUGUUAGUUGUACAAGUGUUUAAAAAGCUAGUUAAAAUAAUAAAUGUGCUAUUCCUACCUUAUAAAGAACCCAUUGUUUCCAAGUGUUGCAGAGAGAUUAAAAGAUAAUUCAGCCCUUGCCUGCAGACUCACAAUCUAAUAGACAUGUAUGAAAAGGAAUGGGUAGGGGAAAGGAAAGAAGCAAAUUUAGGCACCAUUUCUUGAUGUUCUUCUCUCAGCAUUAAUUCUAUAUUUCAGGCAGGUCCAACAGGUCGAUCGUGAUCUACUGGUUGAUCCCAGGGUGUUCCUGGUCCAUCUAUGCAGUUGGACGUCCCUGCUCUAUUUGAUCUGGAACACUGAGCCUCCCUGCCUUUACAUUCACGCAAAUGAGAACCCUUUGGCAGAGACCAAUUAGCUGUGCAUACCCAGGGCAACUGGCAGUUGGAGCUGAGUUUUAUUUCUGCCCGAGAGGACAGAAGCAAGCUCUGUGCCGCUUCUCCUUCUGCAGCCAAUGAAUUGGGCCACGUUCAUUUCCCUUUUGGCAUGAUGUGCUUCCUAGGAGAGGGGACAUGGGUGGUGCUAUGGUCUAAACCACUGAGCAUCUUGGACUUGCUGAUCAGAACGUCGGCAGUUCAAAUCUGCACGACUGGGUGAACUCCUGUUGCUCUGUCCCAGCUUCUGCCAACCUAGCAGUUUGAAAGCAUACCAAUGCAAGUACUGUAGAUUAAUACGUACCUCUGCGGUGGGAAGGUAAACUGCAUUUCUGUGCACGCUGGCUUCCGUCAUGGUGUUCUGUUGCACCAGAAGCAGUUUAGUCAUGCUGGCCAUAUGACCCAGAAAGCAGUCUGUGGACAAAUACUGGCUCCCUUGGUCUGAAGUGAAAGGAGCACCACACCCCAUAGUCGUCUUUGACUGGACCUAACCAUCCAGAGGUCAUUUACCUUUUGCCUUACCUACUUCCUAGGAGACAAGAGGUACAGUCUUCCAUGGACAUUGGAUCCCUGACUGGUGGCAGAGGUUAAAGUGUACUUUACUUUCCUUCUGCAGACUCAUAGCAGCAAGUACCUUAGAACAGCAGUUUACAAUAAUCAACAAUGGCCUUAGUUUUAAGUUAGCAGUUAGCUUUGGGCAAUAUGACUGGUUGCUUUGUGUACAACAAGAGAAGAGCCUACAGCAGAGACCAUAUGAGUCGUCAAAAGGUGCAUGCUUUAUGUAUCAAGUGAACUAAAAUUAACGUUGUGAUCUGCUUUUUUUUACUGUCCAAAUGAGAUGGCAGAUAGUAGUAGUGCUUUAGCAACAGAAGCAGUUUGAACUGCCUUUAGGUAUUCUUGGGAAGACAAUGUGUUAUGUAACACAGGGUAUUACAUAGAAUACACACAGAGGGACACACAUACUGGGCACAAAACACUAUUAGGUGUAGACUUUUUAACUACUUCCACCCUACAAAUCCCAGUUUUAGUUGUUUGGUCUCUGGUGUGUGUGUGUGUUUGUUUAACAUUUGUCAUCUCUUUGCCUCCCAUUUUGCUGAAACAGUUAAGGAGAAAACAGGCCUGAUGUUUGCCAUUCAUGUUUAUAACUGUAAUAGGCAGGCAACUGACAAUACUCUUCCUCAAGAAAGUAGUUGUAGGUGGAGGAAUCUCUAAGGUAGUUUGCUUCUUUGGCUGUUUUUCCUAUCCUACAACUCUAACAAAAACUGUUCAUAUCAGCUAAAGUGUUUCUGCACUAGUGGGGUGGGGUGGGGUGGGAAACCACAGCUUCCUGAAAGCAAACUGAGGAUGUGGUAAGUAAGCAAAGAUGGAAGGUAUGAAAUUCGAGUUAGCUCUGGCUGUCUGGGGGACGUGUGCACUGGUGGCUUUCCGUCUCAUUAUUUUUGGGUUGUUUAUCCUUUUUUUUAAAAAAAAGUUCUUUUUUGUAAGUCACUUUAAGUUUCAUUUCUUGAAAGAACAGUUAAAAAUAAGGAUGAAGAAUGAGAGAUGUAAACGCUCUAAAAGAAAGUUUCUUUAAUGUUCAUUUAACAUAACCAAUAAUUAAGAUCUGUAAAUUUACUUUUGAGCAGCUACAUGAAUAUUUUUAUGCCCUUGGAAAUGAUUUGAAGAGGAUCUUGUGUUUGUCUGCUUGUAGCUUUUUACCUAAUACUAUGCAGCAUUCUGUGCAAUAAGGAAAGGCUGGCCACAAAGAGCACCACUUAGAAAGAGACUGAUGUCUUCAUCUCGAACUCGGAGUCCAAUGUCUACUGUGAGUUCAAGCAGCAGGUCACCAUCUCCGUUGAGCAGACGAGGGAUUCCAGCUACUUAUCUGACAAAGGGGAAAAGGCAUCAAGGAAAUGCACCUGAAGAAAGUGAUACAGGAAUUCCCUCUGAAGUUGGACAAGAUGACAACUGUAUCAGUCCAGGUAUCAGGUACAUAACUGAGACUCUUAUCAAGAAGCUGUCCAAACAGGAAAAUCUGGCACGCGUAACUACUCUAAAUCUUUCCCUUGCCAAAGAUGGGGGAAAGAAGUUUAAGUACCUAGAAAAUCUCGAGAAAUGUGGUAAACUAGAGGUCCUCAAUCUCAGUAACAAUCUGAUUGAGAAGAUUGAAAAACUAGACAAACUUUUAAAGCUGCGUGACCUCAAUCUAUCAUUCAACAAAAUAUGUAAAAUAGAAGGUAUUGAACAUCUACAGAAUUUACAGAAGUUGAACCUUGCAGGGAAUGAGAUUGAGUACAUCCCAGCAUGGGUAGGGAAGAAACUCAGGUCCUUGCGCAUCCUGAAUUUAAGAAAAAACAAAAUAUCCUCACUCCAUGAGGUAGCUAAACUGAAGUCUCUUAAAGACUUGACUUCUCUGUUUCUGGCAGACAAUCCUGUUGUAAACCUUCCUCAUUAUCGUCUGUAUACUAUAUUCCAUUUGAGGGCACUGGAAGAUCUUGAGGGACAGCCAGUGACAAACCAUGACAGAGAAGAAGCUCUUGAGAGGUUUAAUUUAGAAGAGAUAGAAAAUCUAGAAAAGGACUUGGAGAAAACUAUGAAAGAGUUGGAGGACCUUAAAACCAAACACUCUGACCUGGGCGAACAACUUCAGCAACAGGAUGACCUUAACAGAUCAUUAAAACAAAAAAAUCUGCAACAGAAACAAAGCUGUCAUGACCUGGAGAGUGAACUAGAGACAAAAAAUGAGCUGCUAAAGCAGAAGACGGUGGAAUUAACCCGAGCCUGUCAGAAACAAUAUGAGCUGGAGCAAGAACUGGCUUUUUAUAAGAUUGAUGCCAAGUUUGAACCAUUAGGUUAUUAUCCAGUAGAGGAUGUUGAACUUGAUGAUGUACCAGGUGAAAGCCCAUACAUUGGGAAAGCUAGAUACAAAAGGAACAUGUAUGCUGUAGAAGGCUAUAUCCCUAGCAAGGCUCAGAAGAUGCAGAUGGGAAAUCUGGAAGAAGCGGAACAACAAAAGAUUCAGAAGCUGAAACUGAAUGUUCUGCAGUCGCUAGAUGUACAACUAGAGGAAAAAGAGAGAAAGGUUAAAGGAGCCCAAGAAAAAUUAGCAGAAUUGCUAGGUGAAAUAGCCAGUGCAGAGCACCAUGUUUUAAAAGCAACAGAGGAGCUUAAAUUAGUCCAAGAUGUUGUGGCUCAGAAAAAGAUGUCAGAAGUGGAAAAGGAUUGCCUUAGGCAAGAGCUAAGCAACAAGAUACUUCUCCUAAAUCAACUUCGAGAAGAAGCUCUAGAACUAGAGAAACAGGUGGAAAGGCAGCGGGAAGAUAUGGCCAAAAAAGAGAAGGAGUUAGGAGACCUGCAGUGUUUUAUAGAUUCUCUAGAUCCUGAAGACCCAAGACAUGCUCAUAUGAAGGCUCAGAAAGCAAGCAAAGAACAACAACUUGACAUGAUGAACAAGCAUUACAAGCAUCUUGAAAGUCGCCUGGAUGACAUGCUGUCUCGGAUUGCAAAGGAAACUGAGGAAAUUAGGGAGCUGGAGCAACAGCUCACAGAUGGCCAAAUAGCAGCAAAUGAUGCACUGAAGAAAGACCUGGAAGGAAUUAUCAUCGGGUUACAGGAAUAUCUAGAGAGUGUUAAGAGUCAGGCCAAACAAACAAGUGAUGAAUGCAAGGAGUUGCAGAGGGAUAAAGAGGUGUUAUUGCAAAGGCUAGAAGAACUCGAGGAGGAGAAAAAGCAGCUGGAGAUAGUUGCUAUGGAUGCAGAAAACCUGAGAAAAGAAAUUGCAGACCUUGAGCAGGCACUUGAAGAACAACGAGAGCUCAAUGAAGCCCUGAAUGAGACUCAAAGGGAACAUAUCACAUAUGAGGCUGAGCUGGAGGCUGAACUGAAGGCCCGAGACAUUGAAGCCAAUCAGCAUGAGGAAGAACUGUGGAGGCUAAAACAACAUGGUCAAAAAGAUAAUAACCUUUUGAAGCAGCAGCUUAAAGAUACUCAAAAUCAAUUGAAUCAUGCAGUUGACAGCUUAAUUCAUCCUGAAGAAUUUGUGGCUCGUGUGAGAGAACUCAAAGAAAAUCUACAGAGUGGGGCAGAAUUCAGGUGCCAUAAUGCAAAAGAUAUUUUAGGGAAAAGCCUUGCAGAUCUACAGAAACAGUUUGGUAAGAUCCUUGCUCAAUCUCAGCAAGAAAAUGAGGCCAUCCAGGCCAGAGAGAGAGAACUUCAGAAGGAGAUGACAUCCCAGCAAGCUAAGUUGGAAGAGGCACAAGAAAAAUACAGGCUGGCCUGUAACAAAGCUGCAGAAGCCAAAAUUAAAUCUGAGAAGAUACAGAAUGAAGCCAGAGUACAUCAACUAGAGAAUGAAAUCCAGCAUCUAAGUGAAAAGCUGAAGAAUAUGGAAGAAAUCCAAGGCCUAACAGAUCAACAGCUGCAAGAAGCUGAUGAGGAGAAAGAAAGAAUUCUUGCCCAACUACAAUAUCUGGAGAAUAGGAAAAAGGUGGAAGAUGCCAAGGCACAAAUGCAAUUCAAUGACAUUGAUAAAGAGCUACAGGAGUUAAAGAGAGCGAUAUCUACUUCAGAUAAACAAGCAGCAGCAGAUCUCUGUGCAGCCAAAGAUCAGCUCAGGUCACUCCGUGGAACUGUAUGCAAAAUUAAUCAGGAACGCAGUGAGGAACUUCGGGAAGCAGAGAAGUUCUGUAUGCUAGCUACUCAAGCUUCUAAAGAUCUUGCCAGAGCAGAAUCAGAAAUAGAAUUGUUGCAGAAACUUCUGAAAGAAAAGGAGGAAUUGUUUCAGAGUGAAGUGGGGAAAGCUGAUGCCGAGACUGCAGCUUCUGCUUUUCAGAAAGAGGAGAUUGGUAAAUUAAAGCAACUCUUGAAAUGCCAAAAAACAGAAAUUGACCGACUGCACCGUGUACUAGAUCAAGUUCAGACGGGCAAUAGGGAAGAAAUUGACAGCAUAUUGGGUGAAAUUGCUGCACUCAGGCAUGCUAUAUCUCACCAGAAUGACGCUAUCACCAGCAUAAUGAAUCCACUGCAACGGAGGGGCCAUCUGUAUUAUGCACCAUCAUCGCAAACAUCCACUCCUGCAUCUCAGAGUAUCAAGGAUUCUGGUGUUGGCCUGCAGUGUCCCAUGUUGACCCCAAUAAAAAAAGGGCAGAGCAAGAAGGAAUGUUCCAUGUCUCCUGCUGCCAAAGGGUGCUGGGUGCAUGCACCAGGCAGGAGUGACCUGCAAGACUCUCCUUCCAAUGGAGGGAUCCAAGAAAAUGGAGAAGUGAAGAUUCACAGUGCCUCAUCCUUUGUGCCACCCCCUGGCCCCAUCAUUUACACUCUACUUCCAGAUGGUGCUCCAGCCCCUCCAACAACAGUGGUGUGUGGCCCACCUUCUCCUGUCUCUGCCAAUGGAGGACCACUUGCUGCUACUACAGUUAUAUAUGGUUCAUGUCCUGCUGGAGCUCAGCUUGUAUAUAGCCCUCUUCCUGCUAACUGUUCAAUGUCUUUUGGAACACAUCACUGCAACAUACCUGAGCAUCAUAACUUGGAGAACGAAAUCUCAAGGCUAAAAGACAGCAUAGAAAACUUAAAGUCUCAACCCAAAAACAGUUGUCCUAGAUCCUCUCAUCGUGAACAUGAUCAAGAGAUGGAUGAAUUGCAUCAGGGCAUUCAAGAUCUGUUGAAUGAAAGAGAAGAGCUGGAGUUCCAAGUAGCAGAGCUGCGUAGAAUAGCCCAGAAACGGAAUAAGCGAAAAGACUUCAUUGAUGGGCACCUGAGUGGCCUGAUUUCAGAACUGGAGUUAGAGAAAACUCUCCAGCACCAUGAAAACAUUGAGGAUGAAAUAGAAUGCAUAGGAAAGACUCUCCUGAAACGACAGGCAGAACUCAGGGAGGCCGACAGACUUCUUGCUGAAGCUGAAACUGAACUUGAAAAUACUCGGGGGAAAACCAAAGACACUAUUCAGAAAUACAACAGUGCUAAGCAGCAUUUAUCUCGGACGGAGAAAGAAGCUGAAGAGCUUGAACGGCGGGCUCAGGUGAUGGCUCUGAGGCUUGUAAAUGCAGAUCAGCAACUAAGAUUGCUUCAGGCGGAUGCAAAGGACCUAGAAGAGCACAAGAUAGAACAAGAAGGGAUUCUGAAGGAAAUCAACAAAGUUAUAUCUGCAAAAGAUUCUGAAUUUCAAUCCUUGAGCCAGAAGAUUGAAAUAUUGACUGAAAGCCUUCAGAAGCUGCAGGCAGAUAUACAAGUUGCAGAAGGUAAUGAAGAUCACCAUCUCCAAAUUCUUAAAGAAGCAGAGAAUAUUCUUCGGAGCAAAAAGAGUGAUCUAGUGAGGCUGAAGGAUCAGGCUGCAGCUCAACAGCAGGAGCUGCUAAUUUUGGACAGACUGCUUGGUCAAAAAAAUAAAGAGUUCCUCCUCCUCCAAGAGAGCAUUGCCGAGAAAAAUGCUGACCUAACAGAAGCUCUUGGACAUGGUGAAGCUGAAGUGGCUGAAAAACGGCGACAAAUAAAGGAAGUAAAGUCUUUUCUAGAGGAUCUGAGUGUUCAGAAAGGAGAACUCAAUGCCCAGCUAAGUGAGAAAAGAUCCCAACUUUCUCUAGUAACUCAGGAUAUCCAAAAAGAGGAGGAGAAAUUGCAAGACAUCCUGGGGCAAAUAAUGAAGCAUAAGACAGAACUCAGGCAUGUUCUUGAAAUGUUGUGCCUCAAAAAUGGUGAACUAGAAGGCCUAAAACUCCAGCAAAGCCAAAAAGUUAAUGAAUUGGAAAAAAUACAAGUUGCAGUCCUGGAGAAGAAACUUGAGUUGGAGACUCUCCAGCAAGCAUCCCAGCAGCAGUGCAGGGAAGUGGAACGUCAAAGGAAACUUCUUGAGAGGGCUCAACAAGACACCGAGAGGCUUAGUUCCCAGCUCCAUUCUCUGCAAAACAGUAUCAAGGCAUUGAGCACUGAGAAGCAGAAGCUGGAAGAAAACUGUGAGAGUCUAGAGGAGAAAUUGUCGCAAACCAAAAGAACCUUGGCUUCUGCCGAAGAUAACAAUAAAGCCACUCUCACCAGCAUAGAGAAAAUGGACUUAGAGGUCCAAAAACUGCAGCUUGAUGUUAACCAACUACAGAAGCACAAAAUGCUUUUGAAUGGCAACAUUACUGAUUUACAGAAGCAUAUUCAUGAAAAAAAGGAGGAACUGAAUAUUUUGAAGACUGAACUGAAUGAUUCCAGGCAGCAUCUUCAGCUAUUGGAACAGGAUGUGAAAAAUGCCACAAAGCAAAAAGAGGAGCUACUUCAAGAACAAGCAGCUCUGAAAGACACCAUAACAGAAUGUUCAAGAAAGUGCAGGGAAUACCAGGAAAUACAGAAGAGGAAGGAGAACGAGCUGCAAAAGCUUUGCAGGGAAAUAGAAGAGCAAAAACUACAACUGAGCAAACAGGAGAUGGUCCUUCAUCACCUCAGGGAGGAAAUACAACAUGAAGAAAAGAAGCUGGAGAAAUGCACAGCUGAACUGAAGGAUCAGAAACAGCUGUUGGAAAAACGACUAGCAGAGCAGCAAUGCCAGCUGGAACAAGCAAUUGCUAAAGUUCAAGGAAAAGAAGAACAGAUCCAGAAGCUUCAAGAGGAGGAGUCCUGGUGCAUAGCUCUUGAAGAAACAGUCAGCAAAACCCGACAUCAGCUCUCUGAAAAAGAACUGAAGUUGCAAGAAAAAAAUGGUGAGGUUUUAUCCCUUCAAAGGGAGCUAGAACUCUCAAAAGCCAAGGAGACUGUGCUCCACGGUCAGAUUCAAACUGAGAGGGAAAAGGCUGAAAAGCAAAUAGAAGGGCUGAAGGAAGCCAUCAAGAUGCAAAAGACCCAACUCGAGAGAGCACUUCAUGAACAAAAACAGGAAAACCACUGUUUGCAAAAAGAAGUUGCCUCCAUAGAGCAAGUGGCACAAGACAACCACCUGCGAGCAAAGCAGCUUAUGAGGGACCUUGGCCAGAUCCAAGUGGAGUACACGCAGCUCAAGUCACAGAUGAAGAGUCAAGAGAAUUUAGAGAAACAACACAAAGAGAUGAAAGGGACAGUGAAGUCACUUAAGCUGGAAGUGAAACACAAAAUGAGAACCGGUUUGAAGGAUCUGAGUCAAUCUCCUCCAGAGCUCUUGGGAGAACUGGAGACUACUUUUGAAAUUAAAAGAGGACCUCAGAGUGACUUGGAAAGUCUGAAGGAAAAUUACCCUUUCACAAAUAAUGAGGAAAGAAUGCUGUGCUUUGAUGAAAAGCUGGACCUUUCCAAAGUCCACAUCACGGAUGAACAAUGGCGUGGAAAAGCACGCCGAGAACAGUUGCAGCACCAUGAGGAUCGGCUCAAGGCUCAGCUUCGUCAGUGCAUGUCAAAGCAAGUGGAAGUGUUAAUUAAAGGAAAACAGCAGACUGAGGGCACCCUCCAUAGCCUGAAGAGGCAAGUUGAUGCAUUGGAUGAACUGGUUAGCAGUACUUCAACAGACUUGCAGUUUCCUUCCUUGAACUCCUCAGGGUUAACUGAUUCUCUGCGCGAAGAGUCAAUUCUCACAAUGAACCAGUUUUCUAGAUCUCCUUCCAGGACAUCAACAGGUAUUUCAACACAAUCUCCAGGUAUUCAUCAGUACAAGACAUAAUCCCAGCAGGCAAGCAGUGAAAUGCAGCUGUAUUGGUGCAGCCCGUGCCAAUAGCCUGGCUUUGAAGGCAUCAGAAGACUACCUCAUUGGUUUCCAAAUCCCUGUUAACGUUCCUUAAGACUUUUUAGUUGUGAGCUCAGGUGUUUUUAUUACGUAUGCACACUUACUUGAAUUUUUAUUUCUAUGAAGCACUUCUGCAAUGCAAGCUAGAGUGUAACAUUUGCAGUAUUGAAAGUUACAGCCAUUGAUUCCUGCAUCCUUUUGUUUGUGGGGUAGGGGUGCGUGGAUUUAUUUAUAUGUGGGUGAAUGGGCAUAAGCUUUUUUAGCAUUUUUUGUGGAAAUUUGUAUUCUGUUGGAUGAAUUUUUUUAAAAAAAUAAAUAUCCCCCUUUCCCCCCAAAAAAUACACCUUGUACAGUAUUUUCUUCUGCUUUCUGUAAACAUAAGUAUUUAGUGACUGAUUGAUCCACCAGAUUCCUAUGCAUGGGGAACCUCAGGGCAAAAAGCAAUGUACAGCCUUCCUAGGCUGCUUUAUAUAUCCAGUCCUUGGCUAUAUACCCUU